AUGCAUAUGUCUUCUUCUCAUCUAUGUUUUUUCAACAUUAUUGCUGGACAACUGUGUCUCAACCAUCUCAGAAGGAAAAUCACUUAUCUCUUCCAUUCAGUUCUUCCUGUAUUUAGAAGUGUAAAUGUGCUGGAAAGGAAUGUAGAGAAAUGCAGCAUUUAUACAAAUAUUAAUGAUCGUCACAUAACUUUUCAGCUCCUCUGUAAACAUGGUGUUGUAAAAACAUAUAAUCUGGCGUUUCAAGAAUGUGAUCCGUUGCAGGCUGUUUUUGCAAAGCACAUGUGUCCAAACAUACUUAAAGUCCACUCCAGGCUGCUGGCUGAUAUAAUGAUUCACUUUCCGACCAGUCUAGAAGAAGUAACCUUAUCAGUUACUCCAGUGAAAGUUUGUUUCAAGAGUUACACUGAGGAAGACACGGAUUUUUCAAAGACAAUGCUUACUGAAAUACAACUAAAUCCAGAGGAAUUUGACUACUUCCAAGUUGGCGUAGAUUCCGAAGUGACGUUUUGCCUUAAAGAAUUGAGGGGACUGCUAGCAUUUUCAGAAGCUACCAGUGUUCCUGUCUCAAUCCAUUUUGACCUAUCUGGAAAACCAAUUGCUUUCAGCAUUGAAGAUAUGGUGCUGGAAGCCAGCUUUAUUUUGGCUACCUUGUCUGACACGGAGAAGGAACCAGCUUCCCAGCAGCCCACCUGCUUUUCACAGCGGCAGGAAAGCUCGAAGACAUGUAUGGGUAAAUCAGAAAAAUCCUCCACGGAUAAAGGUAGCAAUGCAGCAGCAGUUGCUUCGAAAAAGCCACCGUGUAACAGAAAUGCACCGAACACAGAGUCAGCGAAACCUGUGAGUCCUUUGGCAAAGCAAGAGAUUAAAAGUACUCCCAGAGUCACGGAGAGAGGUGUGACAGGCAUAGAAGGACCAGCCGUGACCGAGGCAGAGGGCCAGGCAGUGCUGGAAGGAGAGGCAGCAGAGUCUCAUUACCAGAAGUUUCGUUCCUUAUUUUUUGGAGCAGUUUCUUGCAAGGAGAAGGAUGCCAUCAGUCAUGCCCUCCAUAGUUUAGCAACAGCUAGUGACACCGAAGAGGAUUUUGGCAACGUGCAGAGCUCCCCAGUUCUCUGGUAACAAGAAGCAUUUGAA